AGCGCCACCGCCCAUCAGCUGAGAACCUAGCUGGGGCCUCUGGGGCCGGUGGGUGCCUCGAGCCGGCGGAGGAGGAGGAAGCCGAGGAGGUUGGGGUGAUUGCUUAGGUGACAUCUGAUGAAAUUAGUGAAUAAGCGCAUCAGCUAUGUCUUACACUCCGGGUGUCGGUGGUGACCCUGCCCUUCUGGCCCAGAGGAUCUCUUCCAAUAUCCAGAAGAUCACACAAUGUUCUGCGGAAAUCCAGAGGACACUGAAUCAACUUGGAACGCCUCAAGAUUCACCUGAACUGAGGCAACAACUGCAACAGAAGCAGCAGUAUACUAACCAACUUGCCAAAGAGACAGAUAAGUACAUUAAAGAGUUUGGAUCCCUGCCUACCACCCCCAGCGAACAGCGUCAAAGGAAAAUACAGAAGGACCGCUUAGUGGCUCAAUUCACAACAUCACUGACAAACUUUCAGAAGGUCCAGAGGGAAGCUGCUGAGAAAGAGAAAGAGUUUGUUGCUCGAGUGAGAGCCAGUUCCAGAGUGUCUGGUGGUUUUCCUGAGGAGAGUGCAAAGGACAGGAAUCUUGUAUCCUGGGAAAGCCAAGCUCAACCUCAGGUGCAGGUGCAGGAUGAAGAAAUUACAGAAGAUGACCUCCGCCUCAUUCACGAGAGAGAGUCUUCUAUCAGGCAACUUGAAGCUGAUAUUAUGGAUAUUAAUGAAAUAUUUAAAGAUUUGGGGAUGAUGAUUCACGAGCAAGGAGAUGUGAUAGAUAGCAUAGAAGCCAACGUGGAAAACGCGGAGGUGCACGUUCAGCAAGCAAACCAGCAGCUGUCAAGGGCAGCAGAAUAUCAGAAAAAGGAUUCCUGCAUGUUGCUGUGAGAUAACGCAAGCCGUUAAAGAAAUGUGGAAAUCUACAGCGGGGCCAGGAAAGAAGAAUGGAACAAAACUGUUAACCUUUGUAUUUUAAGUGACUGUAUUGUAACUUUUUAGCUGUUUGGUUUUUUAUUUGUAUGUUGAGAUUUCGAAUGCGGUUUCUGCUGAUAUUAAAGAAUGGGAAUUCUGGAAACUAAUACUCCAGGAAAAAUUGCCAAGCGUUCACGCUUGCUGGUAUUUUCAGAGAACUCAUUUUGAAGAGCAGCUCUUUGAUGAAAAUUUUAAAAUGCAUGAGCUUUUAAGCUGUCCUUAGUUUUUACACAUAGGUAACUUUAGUCCGUUGGUUAAGUCAGUAACUUUUAUUUCCCUGUGUCUCUUUUUUUAAGCCCAGAAAAAUUACUGAUAAAGGUUGAAUAAUUAGCCCCUGAAUUAAACCAUUAAUUCAAGAAGACAGCUUUUUAAGAGAGGAGUGCCAUCCAUAUUUGAAGAGAUUUUGGAGAAGCAGAAAAGUAUAGCCAAAAAUGUGAGGGCAGUUAAUUACUAUUGGUUUUACUCUAGAAGUGAACCAAGUGAUUUUCAGUUGCUAUAGAGAUGCUCCCCUACGUACAUAAACCUGUCUUUUUGUCUUUGCAC